AUGGCGGUUCUGGAAGCAGAUUUAAGAACUUCUCGGCCGGAGAGGAGUGUUCAGGACAUACAGUGGUUUAGACGAGAGCUGUUCAGCCCGGUGCAGAUCUGCAUUGUCAGAUCAGAGCGAGGUCUGCUUAUUAACCAAAGUUCACCCUCUUCUUUCACAGCGGAUGAAGAAUUUGAUGAGCUUUGCUUUGAAUUUGGUUUGGAGCUUGAUGAAAUUACAUCUGAGAAGGACAUUAUAAGUAAGGAAAAAGGUGAAGAAAAGGCAAAAGGUGCAUCUGAUGUCGUUCUCUAUAAAAUUGAUGUUCCUGCCAACCGCUAUGAUCUGCUUUGCCUGGAGGGGUUGGUCCGAGGACUACAGGUCUUUAAGGAAAGGAUAAAUCUCCCUAGGUUUGAAAAGAUAAUACCAGCUGAGGGUGAAGGUCAGAGGCUGAUUAUCACUGAACAGACUGCCCAGAUUCGGCCUCACGCUGUAGCUGCCAUCCUCCGAAAUAUAACUUUUACCAAGGACCGUUACGACAGUUUCAUUGACCUCCAAGAGAAACUACACCAAAAUAUUUGCAGGAAAAGGGCAUUAGUAGCAAUAGGUACCCAUGACUUGGACACCAUCACCGGUCCAUUUACUUUUACAGCCAAAGCACCUUCUGAAAUUAAAUUUAAGCCCCUGAAUCAAUCCCAGGAGUACUCAGCCUCACAAAUUAUGGAUCUGUAUAGGACUGACAGCCACCUUCGGCACUAUUUGCACCUGAUUGAAAACAAACCACGUUAUCCUGUCAUUUAUGACAGCAAUGGGGUUGUUCUGUCCAUGCCACCCAUCAUCAAUGGAGAUCAUACAAAAAUAAGCCUAAAUACCAGAAAUGUGUUUAUUGAAUGUACAGGCACAGAUAUUACAAAGGCAAAAAUUGUUCUUGAUAUUAUAGUCACGAUGUUCAGUGAAUAUUGUGAGAAGCCAUACACUGUUGAAGCAGUAGAAGUGGUUUAUCCCAAUGGCAAGACCCACAUCUAUCCGGAGCUGGCUUAUCGGACAGAGAAAGUGAAACCUGAAUACAUUAACAAGAAAGUAGGAAUCAGUGAAACUCCAUCAAGCCUGGCAAAGCUGCUGACUAGGAUGUGUUUGAAGUCACACGUCACAGGGAAUGGGAACCAUCUAGAGAUUGAAAUCCCUCCUACCAGAGCAGACGUUAUCCAUGCCUGUGAUAUCGUAGAAGAUGCAGCAAUAGCUUAUGGUUAUAACAACAUUCAGAUGGUGAUUCCGAAAACGUACGCCAUAGCUAAUCAACUUCCCCUCAAUAAGCUCACAGAACUUCUGAGACUGGACUUGGCAGCUGCUGGAUUCACUGAAGCACUCACUUUUGCCCUGUGUUCCCAAGAAGAUAUUGCAGAUAAACUUGGCACAGAUAUCUCUGCAACAAACGCUGUGCACAUAGCAAACCCCAAAACAGCAGAAUUUCAGGUGGCACGUACAACCCUCCUUCCUGGGCUGCUGAAAACUAUUGCUGCCAACAGAAAGAUGCCCUUGCCUCUCAAACUCUUUGAGAUUUCUGACAUUGUAGUAAAAGAUCCUAAUACAGAUGUAGGGGCGAGAAACUAUAGACAUUUAUGUGCGAUUUAUUACAACAAAAGCCCAGGCUUUGAGAUCAUCCAUGGUUUGCUGGACAGGGUCAUGCAGGUCCUGGAAGUACCACCAAGUGAAGAGAAUGGCUACACCAUCAAGGCAGCUGAAGGCUCUGCUUUCUUUCCUGGUCGCUGUGCUGAGGUCUUUGCCAAAGGUCAAAGCAUUGGGAAACUUGGAGUCAUACACCCUGAUGUUAUCACCAAGUUUGAGCUCACCAUGCCUUGCUCUGUCCUAGAGAUCAAUAUUGAGCCCUUCGUGUGAAGAUGUGACUUUUAUCCUCUGACAGCUGUCCACUGUCACAUGCAGCACCCUCUCUUUUGUCUGCCUCCCAGGGGACAUCCGCUUAUGCUUUUAUGUUCCAAUAAACCAGAAAAACAGA